CCAUGUGCUUGUGAGACAAAGAAAGCAGCUUUACAUGUUCAGCAGGGUCUCAUUCGCUUGGAAACUGACUUGGCAAGCCUCAAGAGUACGACGUUAUACAGCUGCCAUGGACCCGUCCCUGACCGGCCAGCAAAUACGGGAUAUCUUCAUCCAAUACUAUGUGGAGAGGGAGGACUUGAAGCACACGUUUGUGCCGAGCUCCUCCACUGUACCCCAUGACGAUCCCACCCUCCUAUUUGCCAAUGCCGGCAUGAAUCAGUUUAAGCCCAUCUUCCAAGGCACUGUCGAUCCCGGCAGUGACUUUGCCAAACUCUCACGUGUGGUCAACAGUCAGAAGUGUAUUCGCGCAGGGGGCAAGCAUAAUGACUUGGAUGAUGUCGGCAAGGACACCUACCAUCACACCUUCUUUGAAAUGCUCGGCAACUGGUCAUUUGGAGACUUCUUCAAGAAGGAGGCGUGUGAGAUGGCCUGGGACCUGCUCACGAACGUUUACAAAGUUCCCAAAGACAGGAUGUACGUGACGUACUUUGGAGGGGACAAGAGUCAAGGACUGGACCCUGACCUCGAGUGUAAGGACAUCUGGCUCAAUAUCGGCAUACCCCCUCAGCGGUUGCUGCCCUUUGGUUGUAAGGACAACUUUUGGGAAAUGGGUGAGGUGGGUCCGUGUGGCCCUUGUACAGAGAUCCAUUACGAUCGUGUGGGUGACAGAGAAGUGCCUGAGCUCGUCAACAUGGACCACCCAGACGUCCUCGAGAUAUGGAACCUCGUCUUUACGCAGUUUAACAGAGAGCCAAAUGGAGAGCUGAAGGGUCUACCCAAGAAACACGUUGAUACUGGGAUGGGGCUCGAGAGGAUCGCCUCAGUCAUCCAGGGCAAGAACUCCAACUAUGACACGGACCUCUUCUCCCCGUUCUUUGACACUAUUCAAAAAGCCACUGGAGUGCGUCCGUACAGUGGGAAGGUGGGCAUUGAUGAUGUGGAUGGAGUGGACAUGGCUUAUCGGGUGGUGGCCGACCACAUUAGGACACUAACCAUAGCGAUGUCUGAUGGGGGCAAGCCGGACGGAACUGGAAGAGGCUAUGUGAUUCGUCGUAUUCUUCGUCGAGGUGUUCGCUACUGCACUGAGAAGCUGGGAGCCAAGCCAGGGAUGUUUGCCAGCCUCGUACCCGUUGUCGUGGAGAUACUGGGUGAAUCUUUCCCAGAAGUCAAGAAGGAACCCGAGAUGGUGAUGGAGAUAAUAAACGACGAGGAAAAGCAGUUUCUGAAGACGCUCUCUCGUGGGAGGAGGGUCUUCGACAGGACGGUGCAGAAACUUGGACCGGGGUCAAAGGUCAUGCCAGGUGCCAUUGCUUGGCGUCUCUACGACACGUAUGGUUUCCCUGCCGACCUCACCCGACUCAUGGCCGAGGAAAUGGGACUAUCCAUCAACGAGGAAGAGUUCCAGGCUGCUAAGCAAUACUCACAGGAGAUAGCCCGAGGCACUGGGGGUGUGGUCGACGAUCGCCUGAACCUUGACGUCCAUGCCAUUAACGAGCUUCAAACGAAGGGAUUUCCCCCGACCAACGACUCGUUCAAGUACGAGUACACCUCUAACGACAAUGGAGACUACAAGUUCAGCUCUUGCGAAGCCACAGUGAUUUCUCUGAGAUACGAUAAGGAGUUUGUUGACGAGAUCAAGGAUGGACAGCUGGCGGGAGUCUUACUUGACCACACCUGCUUCUACGCUGAGCAGGGCGGCCAGGUCUACGACACUGGGUUUAUCACAAAGACCAGAGAUGAGGAUGUGGAGUUUGCUGUGAAGGACGUCCAAGUGAGAGGUGGCUACGUCCUUCACAUGGGCUCCAUUGAAGGCUCUCUCAGAGUAGGGGACAAAGUACAGUGCACCAUCGAUGCAGACCGUCGCAGCAGUGUAAUGAAGAACCAUACUGGGACCCAUGCUUUGAACUUUGCCCUCCGUAAGGCGCUGGGUGAGGCUGACCAGAGAGGCUCGCUAGUGGCACCAGACAAACUGAGGUUUGACUUUACCGCCAAGAAAGCACUAAACAAUGACCAGAUACGAGAAUCUGAAAUGACAGUUCAGAGUCUAGUGGAGGCCCGACACGCCAUCUUUGCUCAGCAGACUCCUCUCGUCCUCGCCAAGGAGGUGCAGGGACUCAGGGCCAUCUUUGAGGAGGUGUACCCUGACCCUGUCCGAGUGCUGAGUAUUGGAGUGCCUGUGGACAAGAUCAACGAAGACCCAACUGGACCCUGGGCUGUCGAGAACUCAGUGGAGCUCUGUGGAGGAACUCACCUCCAGAACUCCGCCCACAUUGGUUCGUUUGCCAUCGUGAGUGAGGAGGCCAUUUCAAAGGGCAUCAGGAGGAUAGUCGCUCUCACUGGAGAGGCCUCGAUGCAUUCCCAUCGCCAUGCCGCCCACCUGGACAACGAGGUGAACAAGUUGUGCAAGGUGAUCAAAGAAGGCCAGUCCAGUGGAGACAUCUCUUACAAAGCUGCCAACAAGAUGAUCACUGACAUGGGAGAUGAGUUGUCCUCUUCAAGCAUCUCCCAGUGGAAGAAGGAAGCUAUGAGGGCCUCACUCAAAACCCUCAAGAAGUUUGUCAUUGACGGAGACAAACUGUUCAAAGCCAAGCUGGAGAAACAGGCACUAGACAAAGCUAAGGAGGUCAUCUCUGGUCUAGGUGAGACUAAAGUGCUGGUGGAGGUGUUUGAAGCUGCUGGACACAGUAAGGCUCUGGAUGCUGCACUGAAACUGUUCAAGUCCCAGGCCCCCAACACAGCUGCUAUGCUAUUCAGUGUUGACCAUGACAACAACAAAGUCAUCUGUCUCUGCAUUGUGCCUAAUGUACUGACAGAGGGUGGUCUGGCAGCCAACGAAUGGGUGAAGGCUGUAUCCCCUGUGAUUGGUGGAAAGGGUGGUGGCAGUAACGUGUCCGCUCAAGCCUCUGGUCCGUUGGUCAACAAGGUACAAGAAGCCAUUCAAGCUGCUAGGGAGUUUGCCUCAUCAAAGACCUAACAUGUACAUUAUUGUAUAUUUUAAGCUCUAGAGUUAAAUCAAUGUAAGUUCUUUUUGUUACCAGUCAACAAACAAUCGCAUAUAAUAAUAAUGUCUUUAGUGUGUAUCAGUACUCCAUUGUAUUGCUUUGUGCAUUUUUGAUGCUGAUGAGUCUUGUGUUCAAAGUUAA